CGCUGAUCCCGUGGGCGGAGGGGGGAGAGAUUUCUUGUUCAAAGUAUUCUACUGUGGAUGUUUGGAAAGCUCAUCCAAUAUACAUAGACGAUGCUCACCUCUUCUUUUAUUCACUCAACCUCUGAGAGUCUCUCUAGGAGAUUAGUCUAUUUCGGGUUUUUGGGCACGAUGAGGUUUUUUGCGGUAUUUUUGUUGGUGAUUGCAAGCGUAUUUAGUUGUGGUGCGACGAUGCAUGGUGGGGAACAACCCCUCUCAAGAAUCGCCAUUCACAGAACUACAUUUGCCAUUGAUGGUUCAGCCUACAUCAAAGCCUAUCCCUUAAUUCUUGGUUUGAAGGGGCAAAGUAGUGAAUGGGUGACUUUAGAGUAUAUCAAUUCCAGUCCUUCAAAUAGUGAUUGGAUCGGUGUCUUUUCUCCUGCAAAUUUCAAUUAUUCAACCUGUGAGCAAGAAAAUGACAGAGAAUAUCCUCCACUGCUAUGUACAGCCCCUAUUAAGUACCAAUAUGCAAAUUACUCAAGUCAUGAGUAUAGCAGGACCGGAAAAGGAUCAUUGAAGCUUCAACUGAUCAAUCAAAGAGCAGAUUUCUCUUUUGCAUUAUUUUCUGGUGGUCUCUCAAAUCCAAAGCUGAUUACUGUCUCAAAUAUAGUAGCUUUUGCAAAUCCAAAAGCACCCGUUUACCCACGGCUAUCUCAAGGAAAAUCAUGGAAUGAAAUGGCUGUAACCUGGACAAGUGGAUAUGGUAUAAAUGAGGCAGUACCUUUUGUUGAGUGGGGUGUGCCAGGAAGACCCCAAAUGCAUUCCCCAGCUGGGACGUUGACCUUCAGUCGAAACAGCAUGUGCGGUUCACCUGCAAGAACAGUGGGAUGGCGUGAUCCUGGUUUCAUACAUACAAGUUUUCUAAAGGACUUGUGGCCAAAUAUAAAGUAUACUUACAGGCUUGGGCAUAGAUUAUUUAAUGGUUCUUACAUUUGGAGUCAGUCAUACAGUUUCAAAGCAUCUCCUUACCCUGGACAAGACUCUUUACAACGUGUUGUCAUCUUUGGUGAUAUGGGAAAGGCAGAAGCUGAUGGUUCCAAUGAAUACAAUAAUUUUCAGCCAGGCUCCCUGAACACUACUUACCAGCUAAUCGAGGACCUGAACAACAUAGAUAUGGUUAUCCAUAUUGGAGAUAUAUGCUAUGCAAAUGGAUACAUAUCACAGUGGGAUCAGUUUACAUCACAAAUUGAACCCAUUGCUUCAGUUGUGCCUUAUAUGAUUGGAAGUGGUAAUCAUGAGCGUGAUUGGCCUGGAACAGGGUCCUUCUAUGGCAAUAGGGACUCAGGUGGAGAAUGUGGCGUACUAGCCGAAACCAUGUUUUAUGUUCCUGCAGAGAACCGGGCGAAAUUCUGGUAUUCAACAGAUUAUGGUAUGUUUCGCUUCUGUAUAGCUGACACCGAACAUGACUGGAGACCAGGGACUGAGCAGUAUAAAUUCAUCGAGAACUGCCUAUCAUCGGUUGAUAGACAAAAACAGCCAUGGUUGAUUUUCCUUGCUCAUCGGGUUCUUGGUUAUUCCUCUGGAGUAUACUAUGGUCUGGAAGGAUCCUUUGAGGAGCCAAUGGGAAGAGAGAGCCUUCAAGAGCUUUGGCAGAAGUAUAAGGUUGACAUAGCCUUCUAUGGUCAUGUCCACAACUAUGAAAGAACAUGUCCAAUUUACCAGAAUACUUGUGUGCGCAAUGCAUCGCACCAUUACGGUGGUCCAUUUGCAGCAACCACCCAUGUAGUUGUUGGAGGUGGUGGUGCCAGUCUUUCCGACUUCUCUUCAGUUCGAACACUAUGGAGUUAUAUUCAAGACUUUGACUUUGGAUUUGUGAAACUCACUGCGUUCAACCAUUCUUCACUGUUGUUUGAGUACAAGAAAAGCAGUGAUGGUAGGGUCUAUGAUCACUUCACGAUCUCACGUGAUUAUCGUGACAUCUUAGUUUGCACUGUCGACAGUUGCUCGAGGACUACAUUGGCUACUUGAGCCUGCCUAUGAAGUGUAUUACUGAAUGUAUUGCUUAGAAGGGAGGGUUGUUAUGUGAUGAUAAGAUCCAGCUCAAGGAUGAUAUGCUAUCUCAGUGCUAGAAAAACUGCUAAUAGAUCAUAUACCGCUAGUGCUAAGAUUUGUCAAAUUCCCUCCAAGUUCUUCAUCUAUUUGACUUGUCAAUAAAAGUUACAUCUUCUGGCAA